AUGGCACCGAAGAAUGCGCCGAAACGCUUGCAAUCGUUGUCUCCAAGUUCAACAGAUCCAACAGGGAGACAGAAGAGAACGGUAACAGUGCUGGCAUGCAACAGGUGCCGACUAAAGAAAGUAAAGUGCGAUGGGCUCAGACCUGCCUGUGCUACCUGCAACAAGCACUCCCAAAUCUGUCGGUACGACAGUGAAUUGCCAAGGCCCACGCGGCAGAACAAUGAGGAGCUCAGGAACGAGGGUCUCAACUCGCAACAGCAAAUCGCCCGGUUGCAUGCUCAGCCAGAUGCUGGUUCGUCGAUCGUAAAAAACACCUUGGCCACACGAAUGAUCGAUGUGCAAGCUUCAUGGUUGCCACUCGUCCCCGGAAUCACGAUGCCUAGCCCUGAUGCUCGUCCUUCACCCCACAAAGCUGCACGCGCUACUUUACCGUAUACAGAGACCAGCUUGGAGUAUGAAUUGUUCUGCAAGCAUCCGGAUGCAUACCAUAUCAUCGAACCAUACGAACACCCAGACGUUGUUGCAAACACUUUGCUUGGCUUUGGCAGUUCUCCCUUCCGGUAUGGAAUCGAGGAUAGCGCCACACAUGGGCCUCUCAAGGGAGUCAAGCUCUACGAGUCUGCUGCAUUAGUCAUAUCGUUAUACCUGGAAAAUGUGCAUGCUGUCAUCGGAACAUUUGAUGCGGACCUCUUCUUGGGCGACCUGAUUGCCCGAAGACUGCGAUACUGCUCGCCGUUCCUGGUCAACGCAUUGUUGUACUUUGGCUGCCAAGCAUAUACUGCUUUCAACCUCGCUGCGUCUCAGCUGAGUUGGGAGUUCUACGCGGAAGCGAAAAAGGUAUGGCAAGCGGCUGAUGGCAUGGACUCCCUUGCCAAUGUCGCAGCACUUGUAAAUAUGGCCAACGCCGGUGCUCAGAAUGGCCACGACCAAGAGGGCAUGCAUUUCCUGCAAGUAGCUCGGUCGAUGGCAGAACGUCUGGGACUCGAUGACGAUACAAAGCCCCCUGCCUUCUUGCUACGUAAGCUCGUCCCCAAGCCAUUGACUAACGAUCGUCGUUUUCACUCGCAUGUUGCUUGGGGUUAUUUCAUCAUGGUAAACAUGUAUGCUUUUUACUACGGUAUGCCUCCAACAAGAGGAUCCUGCAACCUUCCAAUCCCAGGGUCGGAUCAGUUCCCUUUGCCUAGCUACAUGGGCUCAAGCUUGACGGCAGUCUGUAAAUUUUGGCGCAUAUGCCGAGAAGUCGUGAGACUCUACUCCGGUGACCAGGGGACCAUUCCAUCCCGCGUGCCUUUGGCAGCUAUGGAAUCGAGGUACCAGCAAAUACUAGUACUGUUCAGCAGUGACCCUGCCUUCAAAACCCCCAACUCUGGUCGAAAGCCACAUCACGCCAUGAUCCUCCACAUCUGGUGCCACAGCGCAUUCAUCACCCUCAUGCGCCCCUGGAUCUCCCAAUCCUUCUUCCUCCGCACCUUCACCUCCCCAGCCUCCACGCCCGAAAACAUCAUCGCCGCCUCAAUCCGCCAACUAAAACGCCUCGUCACCGACUUCCGCCUCUUCUACCCCGAAGCCUCCUACAACAUCCAAUGGCACCCCUGCCUCAUCUUCGUCGCCAACGCAACCCUCGCCAACUCAGCAAAUGACGCCGAGUGGAAGUUCUACUUCAUGGCUUGCCUGUUCGGCUACGGAACUUUAAGCCCGGCUUACCGCGUUGCGGAGCUGUGCUUUAAGGGGUUGUUGGCGAUGGCGAUUGAGGAGGGGAAGAUUCCGAUGUGGAGGGCGAGGGGUUUGAGUAGGAUGUUGGAGCAGAGGGGGCAGGGGGCGUUGGUUGGGGGGUCGUAUUCGGGGGUUAGGUUGAAGUUGGAGGGGGCGGGGAGGGAGGAGGUCGGGACUGUGGAGGAGUUGGCGCAGAGGUUUGAGGCUGCUGUUGUGCUUGGUGGGGAUGAGGGAGAGGAGGGUGGGAGUGGGAGUGGGAAUGUGCAUGGGCAUGGAGGCAGUGAUGAUGUUGUGUUUGAUGAGUUUAUUGAUAUGGAGGGAAGGUAA